GGCCGGGCCGGGCGGAGCUCCUCUCCUCCUCCUCCUCCGCCGGCGGCCGGCCGCGCCAUGUCCUCGUUCUCGGAGUCGGCGCUGGAGCGGAAGCUGUCGGAGCUGAGCAACUCCCAGCAGAGCGUCCAGACGCUGAGCCUGUGGCUCAUCCACCACCGGAAGCACGCCGGGCCCAUCGUCACCGUCUGGCACCGAGAGCUCCGUAAGGCAAAGUCAAGUAGGAAACUGACUUUCCUAUACUUGGCCAAUGACGUCAUCCAGAACAGUAAAAGGAAGGGGCCUGAGUUUACAAGGGAAUUUGAAUCGGUUCUGGUGGAUGCUUUUUCACACGUUGCCAGAGAGGCAGAUGAGGGCUGCAAAAAGCCCUUGGAACGAUUGCUGAACAUCUGGCAAGAGAGGAGUGUGUAUGGCAGUGAGUUCAUACAGCAGUUGAAACUGUCUUUGGAAGACUCCAAUAGCCCCCAACCCAAAGUUACAGAGGAGAAAAAGUCAUUGAAGCGAACAUUUCAGCAGAUACAAGAAGAAGAAGAUGACGAUUAUCCUGGGAGCUACUCCCCGCAGGACCCCAACGCUGGGCCUCUUCUGACUGAGGACUUGAUCAAAGCCCUGCAAGAUCUGGAAAACGCAGCAUCGGGAGAUGCCACAGUGCGGCAGAAAAUUGCUUCUCUUCCCCAGGAGGUUCAGGACGUGUCACUCUUGGAGAAGAUUACAGACAAAGAGGCUGCCGAGCGUCUUUCGAAGACUGUGGACGAGGCAUGUUUGCUACUAGCGGAGUACAAUGGGCGACUGGCAGCAGAGCUGGAAGACCGGCGCCAGCUGGCACGCAUGUUGAUUGAGUACACCCAGAACCAGAAGGACGUGCUGACGGAGAAGGAGAAAAAGCUAGAAGAGUACAAACAGAAGCUUGCUCGGGUAACUCAGGUCCGCAAAGAGCUCAAAUCCCACAUCCAGAGCCUCCCCGAUUUGUCGCUGCUGCCCAACGUGACGGGCGGGUUGGCACCUUUGCCAUCUGCUGGGGACCUUUUCUCAACUGACUAGGGCACGUGGGUGUCUGCGCUCCCCCUUCCCCUCCCUCCACCCACAGUUCCAGUUACUACCAGCAGGACACCGGAAAUUCCCACCGCAUUCUCACACAGGAAGGACUGGACAUAGGAUGACUCUCCUUUGACCCUCCGCUGGACACGGCGUUGCAAUGGGACAUGGCUCUCUCUCGGAAGGAGGCAAGCGCCCUCAUGUUGGGCAGAAAAUUCAGUUUCUCUUUGGCCGCCCCCGUUAGCACCUCCAGUUUCCACCUGUGCAAAUCAUGUGUCGUCUUCUGAGAGCUUUUUAGGCAAAAGAAAGAAAAGUUGAUUUACACUUUUGCUCUCUCCCCCUCCUUCCCCUCAUAUAAAAAAAGAACUGGAUUGUUUCCGAAUUGGUUUGGUGUGUGUCAAGCUUGGUUUUUUGGGCCUCACAACUUGGCAUGGGCGCAUGCGGCGUGGCUGUGUCCAGGGGCUGAGGCCUCCAUUCUGCGGGUGCAUCUCAGUGUGUGGCUCCUUCUCUCUCAUGGCAUGGCUGCGUGGAGACAUGCAGCGCACAGGUGACCAAAAGGAGGUUGCAUGGCCCAGGCAAAACUUCUCCUCCUCCAACCAGCGCUGCCCUUUGUCUUUCAUUCAGCACAUGUCAGUUUUACUCAGGCUCCCUUAUCUUCACCCCGCAGUGGGAAUUCUCAGGAUGCGCCCACUUGGGAUGUGUGACCCUCUUAAGAAGGCUCUGAGACCUCAGUCAAAAUUCUUCUUUGCUGUAAGCGGAUGGGCUGAGCUUAGAAGUAGGUUGCAGGUGUCCACUUCCUCCAAGGAAAGCCCGUUGGCAUGUCAAGUCCAUUAAAGGAGCUGGGAGUUGUGUAGCUGUGGUCUUGUGCCCAUUGCUGGUCCGUCUCAGGGAUGGGGAGCAUCUGUUGCCCUGCAGAUUCUGUUGAUCUCCAGCUCCCAUCAUCCAUGAUCAUUGGGCCUCUCAGUCAGGGAGUCCAACAACAUCUGGAGGACCUAGUCAAAAUCCCGUUCGUGUUUUCCCUUCACUACACAAGCAGUGCAGGAACAUUUGCACAUCUGGAGUAGGCAGACUUAUUUUGCAGUAAUAGCAGCUGUUCUCCCUUUGUUUUGGGGUCUCCUGUUCUUCGGGAGUCCCCCCCCCAAGGAAAACAAACUUGCCAGCUCCAAUUCAUUCCAGUGCCCACAAGGGCCAUCCCUCCAUCCCUCACACUCUGAUCUUUCGAGGAGGGGGCUUCCCCCUUGCCUCCCCUGGGACCCUGCUGUCUCCCCAGAGCCCUCCGCCCUCCGUUUCGCCUGCAAGUGUUCUGCAUCUCUGGUGUGUGUUUGCAUGUGCCAAAUCCAGCCACAACCAUCAGCAUGCAUCAUGCCACUUUACAUUAUCAGAGACGAGAGUCCUCCAUGCAAUGUUUUCCCCUCUAAAUAGAUCAGGGGGUCAUGGGGAAAUCCCUGGGGGGUUGUGGCGUAGGGGAGAGGGUUUGGACACAGCAGCACAGAGUAAGCAAUCCACAUGUUCCACUUUUUAUUUUAACGUCAUUGAAAUCCUGUGAAUUUGAUUUGCUUUAAAGGGUCAAGGAGGGGCAGGAGUCUGGCUGGGCACCCGGUGCUCCGUGCGAGAUCUUCCCUCGAGAUCAAAUCCACAUUCUUCCCCCCAAACAUUUUCUUAAAUCUGUAUAUGAAUCGAUCUAGAAAUAAAUUUUAGAGGUAUAGGCUGCCAUUUUCGCAGCAGUAUAUUCUGAAAUGUCUCAUAAAUAUAUUUUUGAAUAAAGAGGGUGUCGUUCAA